UGUUUUCUUGAACUUUUCACAGAACAGAACAACUCUCUUCACUCCCAAGUUCCAUCUCAACUUUCUGUGGUGUCUCUCUGGUUACUUCAUUUCCCAUAUUUCUCUCAUUUCCACAAGUGAACCAUGUCGAUUGUCUUGGAGGCUGUCGCGGGCGCUGCUUUGUCUGCUUUCUUUGAGGUGCUGUUUGACAAGUUAAGCUCCCCUGAUUUGUUGAACAACUUUCGGCGAAAGAACGUUAACGUUGAUGCUGACCUCAAGAAUUGGGAGACAAUUUUACAGGAAAUCAGUGAAGUUCUGGAUGAUGCAGAAGAGAAACAGAUAACCAAGUUGUCCGUGAAGAACUGGAUGGGUGAGCUCGAAGACUUGGCUUAUGAUGCGGACGACAUCUUGGACGAGUUUGCUACUGAAGCUUUGCGACGUAAGGUGAAUGCAGAAGAACCCAGCCCAAGUAAGAUACGAAAGUUCAUCCCUGCUUGUUGUGUGGGUUUGAAUCCAAGUUCUAUCAUGUUUGAUGCCAAUAUGAGAUCCAAGAUUAAAGGGAUCAAUACAAGGUUAGAUGGAAUUGUUACACGAAAGAAUAAACUGGAAUUGUUACACGGAAGGAGAAGGACUAGAACAAUAACAUCAAGGGAACCUGAAACUUCCCUAGUUGAACCUCGUACUUAUGGUAGAGACAAAGAUAAAAAGGCCAUUGUCAAGUUAUUGCUGAGUGGUGAAUGGGGCGGUGCUCAACUCUCCACGAUUUCCAUACUUGGUAUGGGAGGACUGGGUAAGACGACUCUUGCCAAACUAGUCUACAACGACGAUGAGGUGGGCCAUUAUUUUGUUGUGAAAGCAUGGAGUUGUGUUUCUCAAGAUUUUGACACUUUAAGGGUGACAAAAGAAAUUCUACAAGAUAUAACUUCGAAGACUUGCAAUGAUAAUGAUUUAAAUUUAGUUCAGCGCGAAUUGAAGAAGCAAUUAUCUGGCAAGAAGUUCUUGCUCAUUUUGGAUGAUGUUUGGAUUGAAAACUAUUCUGAUUGGACUAAACUACGUCUUCCAUUUGAAUCUGGGGCUCCUGGAAGUAAGAUUCUUAUCACAACUCGGCAAGCUAAUGUUUCAUCAACAAUGGGCGCUACUAAUCCAUACGAGUUGAGAGAGUUGUCAAAUGAUGCUUGUUUGGCCAUGUUUACCCAACACGCACUGGGGACGUCAGACUUUGUUGAACAUCUAAAAGUCGAAGAAAGUCAAAAAAUUUUAGAGAGGUGCAAGGGCUUACCUUUGGCAGCAAAGGCUCUCGCAGGCCGUCUACGUACAUACGAUCGUGAUGAUUGGAAAAAAGUACUAAAUGGCAGGAUAUGGGAUUUGUUUGAAAAGAACACUGAUGUUCCUUCAACUUUACGAUUAAGCUAUUGGUACCUCCCUCCAAGUUUAAAGAAAUGUUUUGCCUAUUGUUCACUAUUUCCAAAGGAUUAUAAUUUUGAGGAGAAAGAGCUAAUCUUGUUAUGGAUGGUAGAAGGUUUGGUUCAAGAAACAAAAGAAGAGAAGCCAAUGGAAGAUCUUGGUGGUGAGUAUUUUCGUGAUCUACUCAAGAGAUCAUUUUUUCAACAAUCAAGUAGUGAUGAAUCACUCUUUGUCAUGCAUGACCUCAUGAAUGAUUUAGCUAAGUGGGCAGCGGGAGACUUGUGCUAUAGGUUGGAGGACCAAUUGGGUGGUAGUAAGAUUUCUACAAAGGUACGACAUUUUUCUUAUAUUCUUUCAAGUAAUUACAUCAAAAAGUUUGAUGACUUCCCCAAAGAUAUGCAUUUACGGACUUUCCUUCUGCUAUCAUCAAGAUUCAUAGGCAACUUAACAAAUUUUGAUGCUAUUUGUUUGUUGCCACAAUUAAGAUGCUUAAGGGUAUUAUCUUUAAGUAGAUAUGAAAGCUUUGAGCUACCAAGUUCAAUUGGUGAUUUGAAACAUCUAAGAUACCUCAACCUUUCUUAUGCUAAGAUUACAAGUUUACCAGAAUCAACAAGUUCUUUAUACAAUCUACAAACAUUGAUAUUGAAAGAUUGUUCCAAUCUCACAAAAUUACCAGAAAAAAUUGAAAAUUUGGUCAAUCUUCGACAUCUCGAUAUUACAAAUGCAAAUUCAAUUAUAGAGAUGCCAGUGGGAAUAUCAAAAUUAAAGAGCUUACGAACACUAACUAAUUUUGUUGUGGGGAAAGAUAAGAUAGUAGACUUGAUGAAUUUGGAAUCUCUUAGAACACUUUGUAUUUCUCACUUGGAGAACAUGCUUGAUGCAAGAAAGGUCAAUUUAAAAGGUAAGAGGAAUUUAGAUACAUUGGUGAUGAAUUGGGAUGAUGAUUUACAAGAUGCAGGAGUUGCGACAGAUAUUCUUGACAUGUUACGACCACAUGGAACGAUGAAAACACUUUCCAUUAAGGGUUAUGUUGGUGCAAAAUUCCCAACUUGGUUAGGAGAUCCUUCUUUUUCUAAUAUGGUGGACCUCAAGAUUGAGAGGUGUGGAAAAUGUAGGCUCUUACCUUCUUUUGGGCAACUACCAUUUCUCAAGAGCCUUAUUAUUAAGAGAAUGGAUGGGAUCCAGAGCGUCGGUCUUGAGUUUUAUGGGGAACAUUGCAAGGAACCAUUUCGAUGCUUAGUGAAACUUUGCUUUGAGGAUAUGCAUGAAUGGCAAGAUUGGAGUUCUUGCAACCAAGACUUCCCUUGCUUGCAUGAGCUUUCUAUCUCUAAGUGCCCCAAAUUGCAAGAAAAAUUGCCCCAUCAUCUCUCGUCAUUGGAAAAACUUUCCAUUGAUGCAUGCGAGCAAUUGGUUGUUUCAAUUCCAAGCCAUUCAGUGCUUCAAGAAUUAAUAAUUUUGGGAUGUAAAGAGGUUGUGCAUGGGUAUGUGAAGGUAGAAAAGCUAAUAAUAGAAAAUUGUAAGGAGCUGACAUCUUUAUGUGAAGAUGGGCUUAUGUCCUUUGUAACACUAGAAAUUGAAAUCGAAUCAUGCCAAAGUCUUGUAAACAUCAAGUUGAAGUCUACAUUAAGGACACUAACAAUCAAAGGCUGUAAUGCUUUGGAAUCCUUGCAAUUUGUGAUGGAUAAGGGAGGGGCUUCUUCAACUUCUUCUUUAUUGAUGAAUGAGGAGAAUCUUAGCUGCAUUGGUAAUUCAAUAAUCUAACACAGACCCAAUUGUGGCUAACUAGUUUCACAUCAUCCACUAAAUACUAAGCAUUUCAAAGCAAUUAUAAAUUCUUAUUGAUUAUUUUUUAUAUUCUUUAAAAUGAAGGGUAUAAUAGUAAUGUUAUUAUAAAAUGAUUCCAUUCCAUUCCUUCCAAUGUCACUCCCAAACGGUGUUACUUACUUUCCAUUUCAUUCCAUUCCUUUAUUUUAUAACAUUCAAACAAGAUUUUUAAAUCACAUUCCAUUCCAUUCAUUUCCCUACUAAAUCCAUUUCAUUCCAUUCCAUUCCAUUCCAUUCAUUUCCUUUAUAAACUCCCAAACGGACCCUUAAAUUCCUUAGGCUAGCAGAUUGUCCAAAACUGGAGUCAAUAGUAGACAAGUUAAGCAAGGAUACGUUACUUGAACAUCUUUUAAUUUAUAGUUGUGAAAAGCUUAAGAGCUUACCGAGAGGCCUACACGAACUCUGUCACCUCAAAGAGAUUGACAUAUACAGAUGUAAUAGUCUUACCUCUUUAGGAGAUUUUCUCUCCACCAACUUAAGAAGUCUUGAAAUUGAAGAAUGUGAGAAACUGGAGGCCUUGUCGAACAACAUGCACAACCUCAACUUUCUUCAAGAUUUGUCAAUACGUGACAGUCCAAGUAUCGUAUCUUUUCCGGAAGAGGGUUUCCCCACCAACCUUACAAUGCUUUGGUUGUCAGGGGCAAAUCUCUGUAAGCAAGUAUUUGAGUUGGGACUGCAUAGACUCACGUUGCUUACAUAUCUCGAGAUUGGUAAUGGAAUUAUGGAUUCCUUUCCAGAAGAGGAAGAUGGGAAGACGAUGUUGAUGUUGCCUACAUCUCUCACUAGACUGAGGUUUUUUAGUUUUCCAAAUUUGUUAUUCCUCUCUUGGAAGUUCUUUCAAAACCUCUCUGCACUUGAAGAAAUUUCCAUCGGUUGGUGCCGUAAACUUGCGUCCCUCUCAGAGAAGUGUUUUCCUCCCUCGCUUGAGCGACUUUAUAUCUCUUUUUGUGCUGAGCUUAAACAAAACUGCGAGAAAGACAAAGGUAUAAUGUGGUCAAAGAUUGCCAACAUCCCUUCGGUUAUAAUUGAUGGCGUGGAGCAACAGAAAUAAUUUUGCAAAACAGAGAGAUCUUUCUUCUAGUAGAGGGCUAGCUUCAAAGCUUGGAGAAGGUUACAUAUCAUGUUGAGGAACAAUGAUAGGUGGAUAUGCACAUAAUGGCAGGAUGACUUUUUAUGAAUAUGACGCCUGAGCAGCAUAUCAUUUUACCAAAGAUCAUGCCUUGCACAGAUGAUCAAAGUAUUCUUACCAGUGUUGCAGAUGGCAGGAAUGUGACCAUAUGGUCAUGAUCAAAAAGAAAGGCUGGGAAUCAUUCUCUAAGAAGCUGUAAUCCCACUGUGUGCAAUUGGAUACAAUUUGGUGAUUGUCAGGUGUGGCAAGUGUUGAUCUUUGGUGGAGGUGGUGGGUUUGGAGCAGAUAAGGUGCGAGCUUUGUCAGACAAUUUGUGAAGCCUUAUACUAUGUACUUGUGAAAGGUGUGGCAGUUCCACUUGUACUUACGAAUAUGUAUGGGGUUUACAGCCUUUGUUGUGGAUUGAAAACAUGAAGCUGUGAGAUACAUGCUGUUAAAAUAUUGUUGUGCUGUGUUCCUAUUCUGCUAAGCCCUAGUUUCAUCAAGCUAUUGGCAAUGCUGUGACAGUGCUUGAUUAUAGUAAGAAAAUGGAGCAGCUUUGUAGGGAGGCUUACUUGUUAAAGAAGGACCAAGUUAUCAAGUUGAGGGAAGUAUUAGAGGCUGACAAGGAUGGAAACUUCUGGUUAUGCAGGAUGUGAUAAGAGAUGAAGUUGGAAAGGUUCAUGCUUGUUUUGCAAGGACAGAAUGGGUAAUGUUGUUACUGCUGGAUUCUUUAGCUGCAAAAAAAAUUCCAAACCUACUGCCUUCCUCCUCCUAUUGAGACAAGCUCUGUCGCCUUGAAGCAUAUGGGAAUUUAAAGUGUUUUUGUGCUCUCAACUGGCAAAUAGCUUGAGAAAUUUUUUGAAAACAGACAAAAUCAAGACUGGGCACUAUGCAAAGAUGACAUCAAACUACUAUAUGAAUAUCUUUUGGUCCUCUGCUGGUAGGUAGGGGCUCUAUUUUGGUCCUGCCUGUAUCAAACCUUCUGUUGUGUUUGUGUCCUGUCUCCUUUGUAUCUAACUUAUGUUUUGUUUUGUGCCUAAUCAAAGUUACCAGUUUACACUAUAUAGUAAGGGAUGCGGUUGACGUGCAACCAGUUUGACCAAUGUGUUGGAAGAUUUGUUUUUGAAACUUUACUUUCAGGCUCAGUAAUCAAACAAUCUUGGCUUAAAAAAUCAUUUAGACCGCAUUACACAUUGUGCUUGAAACCACAGCUUUUCGAUCAACCACUAUGCUGAGUACGGAAUUUGCAAUUCCAAUAGAGACAUCUGGAAACAAAAGCAUCAUAAGGCAAUAAAUGCUCUCUUUAUUUUUUUGUGGAUUCCCUCCACCUUAGUUAUUAUAUAUAUAUCAUAUUGUGGAAGACGAUGAUUAGUGGAAAUGCACAAAAUGACAAGAUAGCUUUUUAAUAAGAUGCCUGAGCAGAAUGUCAUUUCAACUAAAGAUCAUGCUUUGCAAGGAUAUUCAAGCAUGGUCACCUGCGUUACAGAUGGGCAGAUAGCUGUUGUAUGAUGAAUAAGGAAGCAGGACACUUGUUCUGCGACUUAAUGGAUUCUGAGGUCUUGGUUUUACAAAUUUGACAAUUGCUGCUUCUUAAUCUCGUUUUUCACAUUGCUUUCGUUUGCUCUCAAAAAUAAUAAUUUUCUUUCUUUUGUGAGCUAUGGGCAUUUAUAAUUACAACAUUUCUUUCAUUUUAGCUGAUACAUGUUCAGACUUUUGGAAGUGGAGAGCAAACUACAUUUCUUGUCAAACAUCAGGGACUAGCUUAUAAGUUGCCUAUUGAGCCUAGGAGUCCCCAUAUAUUUUAACUCAUAAUUUUAGGUGAUACUUGCUCAUAUUCUAGAAAUGGAGUGCUAACUACUUUAAUUGCUGAUAAUGUAGUCACAUAUGGAGGCUUUCCAAUAGAGAAUGAAUUCUUUAAAAUUAGAUGACUGGUUGAUUCCUAGUGUGGUAUGCUAAUGGAAAGUUGUAAAUGAAAGUCCCUUGGCAUUUUUGCAUUGUGGGAAUCUCUCCUUUUUUAUCUCAUCAAUAGCUGUUAAAGUUUGUAUUUGAACUAAAGUUUUUUCUUUUUAUAAUAAAUUCUAAACUUGAUAAAUAAGGAAGACACAUUGAUUGAGUUAUGCUCUUUGGGAUAAGUGUAUAAUUUUGAUUGUGUGUGUGUGUGUGUGUGUUUUCCCUCUCAAAGCUCAUGACCACUUUCAGGGAUUUCACAAUGGAAAUAUGAAAGGAGGGCCAAAAGGAGAAGGGAGGUUGGACCGUAAUUCACAAAUAUUCUUCUCAGUUUGUACCUGCCCUCUAUGUAUAGCUAAUUCCACUUCAGAGGACUUAAAGAGCGAGAUGAAAUGAGGCAUUCUGGUCUGGGAGAGCAGAAACUUAAUCAACUUUUCCACCUGUGUUUAUGUAAAUAAAAUGGCAAGUUUUUCAUAGGUAAUUCGACCUGAAGGAGGCUAACCAGUUAUCGACCUAAAGUUUUAUCUCUAUGGAUGAUGAUCCUUUUUCUUUUGCUAUUCUUGCUAUUAUAGCCACUCUGUGUGCUAUUUUGAAAUGCCGGAAUGUGGGACACGUUUGAAGGGAAGGUUGUCAUGCUUCUUAAGCUCUUUACUAUUGCAGGCACAUUAUCAUGAUUCGUCAAGAAGCAAUGGUUGGGUAUCAUUGUAAUGAGAACCUCCUUUGUGCAAUGGAUAUGAUUUGUAGAUUGUUGGGCAUAGCAAGUGGAAGUUAGUACUGAAAUAAAGAGGUCCCGUUGAGGUGUAGACUUUGUCAAGCAAUUUGGAAACCUUAUCCUAUGUACUUAUGAAAGGCGUGCACUGCACUUGUAGUUAUCAGUGGCCUCUGAGGUUUGCAGCCUUUGUUGUGGAAGUGGGAGAGACAAGCUGUUAAAGAAGACAUUGCUUUGCUGCGUUUGCGAUUUUUAAGCUAUGGUUUUGUCAAGUCCAAAGUCAAAUGCUCACUAAUGCUCAUCGGCUUGCCAAUUCUACAUCUUCCUCUUCUCUGCUAUAGCCUAGUCCUCUUUGUAAUGUGACUUUUAUCUUAUAAAUCAUAUGUUCUAUUGAGGUUUUUUUAAGCUGUUUUUUGGCUCGUCUAAAAAGAAGCAAGAUUACCAGUUUACAAAAUAUAGUUAAGGAUGCAGUUGACUAGCAACCAGUUUGACUAAUGUGUUGAAAUUUGUUAUUUGAAAUUUUGUCUCAGCCAUCAAAUAAUCUUGGCCUAAAAAUUAUUUGGACUCCA